AUGUUCUCACUGAAUUCUAUAAACACUCAAAACCAGAUUCUUAUAAGUUUUAGUCAAUUAUCUUCGCGAUAUUCUGGUUUAUUCAGGCACAGGAAACAAAGCAACAGUAAAGGGAAGAAUGUGAAAAAGACCUCAACAUAUGAUGCAACAAUAUGUCAAGAGAGUUUUCAGGAGGCGCUCAAGAAUUUCGACAAAAUUGCAUUGCUCGAGAUGCGAAGUUUUGAUGCGCGGUCACCGGCAUCGUUUGUUCGUAGUCCGUCGUUUAGGGACAUAGGUUCAUCUAAGAAAAUAUCACAUAUAUCUGCCUUUACCUUCGAGCAAAAUAAGAAUGGGUGGGGCGCUCGAGACCCUAUCGUUACUGCGGAUUUGAGCGGGAAAAAGUUCACCUUCUCUGAGAACUUCAUAGGUCUACUAACAAAGAAUUUGUAUGACAGGACAUUUAAAUAUAAUAUUCAAGUCAGAGGUUUCAAAACGGAGAGAAGCACUCAUGCAGAUUUGAAGAGGAAUCCGAACCUUAUAAACAGACUGCGUAAGUCUUUGGGUUUGAAUGCAUCAGAAACUAUAGAGAAACAAUCUGCAGCUGGACCUGAAGUGGCUCCGAGGUUGGAGAAACUGCUCAACGAGGACACUGUCCUUUCUCAUCAGCAGAAAGAUAAAAUUAAGAUAGCUUUUGCAGAGGGCUACUUAGCUGGUUCUCAUCCAGACAAUGUAAGAGGUACAAAAGCAUCCAAAUAUUUAAAAUUGGUACAACAACUGCUGACCAUUGUUCUAUUUCUUGCCAUUUUUGUCAGUCUCAUGGCCUCUGUCAGUGGCACCGUCUUUAGGAUCCAACUGGGAAAUCAGGUGGAAGUGGACCCAGAAGACAUCUCGGUCACAUUUGAUGAUGUGAAAGGAGCAGAUGAAGCUAAGCAAGAGCUGAAGGAUGUUGUCGAAUUCCUGAAAUCACCGGAGAAGUUUUCGUCUUUGGGUGGAAAGUUACCUAAAGGUGUGUUGCUGGUGGGCCCUCCCGGCACUGGCAAGACCUUGUUAGCGAGGGCGGUGGCUGGCGAGGCCAGGGUCCCUUUCUUCCACGCGGCAGGACCGGAGUUCGACGAAAUUCUAGUCGGACAGGGCGCCAGGCGUGUGAGAGAUCUCUUCAAGGCAGCUAAAGAGAGAGCACCAUGUGUAAUAUUCAUCGAUGAAAUAGACUCAGUUGGGGCUAAAAGAACCAACAGUGUCCUACAUCCAUACGCCAAUCAGACAAUAAACCAGCUUCUAUCAGAGAUGGACGGUUUCCAUCAGAAUGAGGGUGUGAUAGUCCUCGGUGCGACCAACAGGAGAGAUGAUCUUGACCAAGCUUUACUUAGACCUGGACGGUUCGAUGUUGAGGUAUCUGUACCCACACCAGACUAUGGUGGUAGGCUGGAGAUCCUAAGAAUGUACGUGGCGAAGGUAGCCGCGCACCCUGAACUGGACGUCGAGGCUCUCGCGAGGAGUACCACGGGCUUUACAGGCGCCGAUCUCGAGAGCAUGGUCAACCAGGCCGCUUUGAAAGCUGCUAUCGACGGCGCUAAAACGGUGACGAUGGGACACCUGGAGGAGGCCCGCGACAAGGUGCUGAUGGGUCCGGCCAGGAGAAGCCGCCUGCCCGACGACGAGGCCAAUGCCAUCACCGCCUGCCACGAAGGAGGCCACGCCCUCGUCGCCUACUACACCAAAGACUCACACCCGCUCCACAAAGUAACGAUUAUUCCACGAGGCCCUUCGUUGGGACACACGGCCUACAUACCAGCUAAAGAGAGAUAUCACGUGACGAAGCAGCAGCUACUCGCAAUGAUGGACACCAUGAUGGGGGGUAGAGCCGCAGAGGAGUUGGUUUACGGACCCGAAAAUAUCACUUCCGGAGCUUCAUCCGACCUGAAGCAGGCGACGUCGAUCGCGAUGCACAUGGUGCGCGAGUGGGGCAUGAGCGACAAGGUCGGGCUUCGCAGCAUGGAGGCGCCCAAGAGCGCCUUCCAGCAGGAACAGCUCGGACCCAACACCAACGAGAUGGUUGACGCGGAAAUAAAGAAGAUCUUAUCAGAGAGCUACGAGCGCGCGAAGGCGAUCCUACGCGCCCACGCCAAGGAGCACAAGGCGCUCUCAGAAGCGCUACUCAAAUAUGAGACUCUGGAUGCCGAUGAUAUCAAAGCAAUAGUGAGCGGGGACGCCUGUAACGCCCGGGACACUGCUAGGACAACCUGCCGCCGCGUAGGGCUCACUGUACUUAUGCAAAGGCGAAGUCUGGAGUCUGCUGUAGUGUUUAGUGACGGAACAACACUUCGACGUGUACAAAACAACAAAAAUGUUAUAUGGAGUGUCUCUGAAAAUUUUGCAGGAGUUAACGAAUAA